AUGUGGCUAACGGAAAAGGAAGUGGAGUCAAGCUUUGAGGGUGGCAGCCAAUCGGAACAAUCGACGCUUCUGAUUGGCUGGCCGACUGAGGGCAACGUUUGUAAUUUGUUUGCUCACUUCAGCCCGACUGAGAAGCAAAAGUGGUUUGAUGCUAUUAAUAGGCAGAGAAGUAAAAUCACUGAUCGCAACAAAGAUGUGGUCAUCAUUAAACUUCAUUACGAAGACAAAACCUCUGGCAAGAGGACCAAGAAACUCGCAGUCAGUCGGAAUGACUCUAUAGAUGACGUCUUCCAGAAGAUACCUAAGGAAUUUCUUCCCAAUGCCGAUAAUGAAUGCAAAUACCAUGUCUGUAUUAAGUACGUAGAUGGCGAUACAAGAACAUUAACAGGUCACGAAAGUUUGUACUGCAUUCAACUGGCAUCAGACCUCUUACUCGUCAGCACUAAGGUCGAACAUUUCUCGAUCAUUCGUUCGAAAGGGAAUCACGUGGACAGCGUCAUUCACUCACGCAAGCAAAGUUCUCAGCUGUUUGGCUGCGCGCUGCACCAGCUGUGCAGCAGUAACAAUAACAACUUGCCUAAAAUUAUAAUGAAACUUCUAGAACACCUGUACAAAAUUGGUCCGCUGACGGAAGGAAUUUUCAGAGUGUGUUACAACUACAAGGAGCUUCAGACGAUGAUCAGCUCGCUGGACACCAAACUGACAAAGAAUGAUCUGAAAGAAGAGGCCUCUAAUGCUAUCAAUGCGGAUAGCGACGUCGUUAAAAAUAUGCCUGUUCACAUGACAGCCGCUCUUUUCAAGGUGCUUCAUUUGUUGGUGUAA